AAACAACGAAUUGCAUCUACGUUGACGUGCGCGUAAAAUCUGUUUCAUCCAGUGCCACCAACUUCAGAUCAUCCAUGUCAUACGUGUAUGAAAUAAUGCAAAAAUUCAUUUGAUAGGGCAUUUUAAGAGAAUUAUGGUGAUCCAUUUUUAGGAUUAUCGAGCGAUUCUGCGAUUUCCUUUGUUUUUUUUCAAUAUCAUUUUUCAAUGAUCGCAUUCGUGAUCGAAAAACGCACGCGAUUACUCGAUGCUUUCUAUCUUCAUCCCUAACGACAUAUGCAAAUUCGAAAUGUCAACAUCAAAAGACUACAGAUAAAACGAUCUAUUUUUAAUACUACGAAAUCAUCGAAUCAGACGAUAUUCGUGAUAAUUUAUUUUUAUCCAUAAACGAAAAUGCAAAAGAAUACGCUCUUAUCUAAACACAAUGUGCUAUGUGAUAAGAGCGUUUUUUAAUGAUAAUUGUUUCUUAUGAAUCACUUGUGAUACCAAUCAGUAAUAUUGGAAUAAUGUAAGAAAAAUCAAGCAUAUGUGAUAUAUAGUUAUAUAUUUUUAUUAUAAAUUACAAUAGAACAUCAUAACAAUGGGUUCUAUAGCAUUGGAAGAGUUUGAACUUAUGAAAGACUCUAAAUAUAGAGUUUAUGUAUCUGCUGUUGACAAAGCGUUAAAAAGUUUUGAAUAUACCAGCGAAUGGGCAGACUUAAUAUCUGCACUUGGAAAAUUAAACAAAGUAUUGUUAAGUCAUAUGAAGUUUCCAGUUAUUCCUAGAAGAAUUAAGAUAUCUAAAAGAUUAGCACAAUGUAUGCAUCCUGCUUUGCCAUCCGGUGUUCAUUUAAAAGCUCUUGAAACUUAUGACAUUAUUUUCAAAUGUAUGGGCACUAAUAGACUGAGUCAUGAGUUGUUUAUAUAUAGUGCUGGUCUAUUUCCAUUGUUGGGUCAUGCUGCUAUGAAUGUAAGACCAUCUUUAUUGACAGUAUAUGAAACACAUUUUGUACCUCUUGGAGAAAGAUUAAGGCCUGGUUUGAGUGGAUUUUUAAGUGGUGUUUUACUUGGUUUAGAAGAUGGCUCUGAUCAUUUUGAUAGAACAAAUUCUUUACUUGAAAAAGUGUGUGAGGGAGUAGGUCCAGAACAUUUCUAUGCAUGCUUGUGGGAUUGUUUAGCCUCAAAUUCUGGAAUUCGAUUACCUGCUAUAUCUUUUGUAUUAGCACAUUUUAACAAAAAACUGCCAAUGGAAGAACAGAAUUAUAUCAUGGGCACAGAUACUAAUAUUAUGGUUACUGCUCUUUGUGCUGGAGUACAAGACAAUUCUGUGUUAGUACAAAGAAGUGCUUUAGAUUUGCUGUUAGUUGGUUUUCCUGUACAUAAUAGUCAAUUAACACAUGAGCACAUGGUAUCACUAGUCACAGCUGCUCUUGUGACUAUACUAAGAAGAGAUAUGAGUUUAAAUAGACGAUUAUUUGCUUGGCUUUUGGGUACUGAAGUCAGUACAUCUAUUUUAAAGAGGAAAGUAGAUACUAAAGUAUCAGGAAAUAUGGAAAAUACACCUACUUAUUUUGAUAUGUAUUCAAAAGAAAUGUUAAUUGAAGCAAUAAAGUCAUUAUUGAAAACUAUUUGUGAAGAAAGUCCACAAGAUUUAAAACCAUAUAGAAUAUUAGUUUCUUUGUUAGAAAAAGCAGAUAUUGGUCCAGUAAUUUUGGAUGAUAUUUUAUUUGAAGUUUUUAGAACUUUUUAUAAUGCUUGUGGACAAUCAAAUAGAGUACCAAAAACAAAUGAAGUAGUAAAAUCAGCAAAUUUAUUGUUUUCAACUUUAGAACCAUCUUAUGUUUGGAUACAUUGUGGUCAUUUAUUUGAAAAUGCUUGUCAAGCUAGAGCAAAAAGUAAACGAGAAACGGAAGAUAUUAUUGUGAGGCCUGUUGGCAGUGGGAUGCCGAAUUUCAUAGAAAUAUGUAUAUUGACUGAAUUCCUACUUGAAACCGUGUCAUUGGAUGCAUUUAUAGACACUCCUUCCGAGCACCUACCGGGUUUGUUCUAUGAGAUCAUUAGUAAACUUUUGUAUCAUAUUGAUCUUUUGACUCCUAUGGAGAUUUCACGAAGUCUCCGAUUAUGCGCAAAAAUUCUAACGAAGGUUCAACCAACAAUAGUUUCGAAUCACACAGAGAAAAACGAAUUAGAAGCGAAAUUGGAUACAAUUACAAAUACUACCACAAUCAACGAUAAUUCCUUAACUGCAAUUCCUUUGGAAAAAAGUCAAUCCGAUAGUAAAUUAAAUAAACCGGAUAUAACUACUAGUUCGUUUUCUGAGAAAAGUCCCAGUCCUAGGAGAAGAGCAAAUUCUGGGGGUGCCACUAAACGAUCUGAUAAAAAGUCAAAAAAGAAAUCUAGUAAAAGUACAUCAAAAUUAAGUGAAUCUCUACCAGAACCAAGUACAAGUAUUUCAAUAGAAGUAAAUCAAGAAUCCAAGGGUUUGCCAAGAAAUAAAAGUAUGGAUGAUAUAAAGACUGGAUAUAUAGAAACAAAUACUAUUAAUUCUCCGACUAAAGAUCAAUUGAGUACAUUAAAACAAUCUAGUAAAAAUAGCAUUAUGGGCUCCACAGGAUCCUUAGGUAGAGGACCAUCUCCUGCAUUUCAAGCACAACAUUCAAUGUUGGAAAAAUGUUUAAGACAGUAUGAAAUUUUUUAUGUUAAAUUUGUUAGUGAUAGAGUAUUAACUAAAGAAAGAACAGUUCAGAAUAUGUUCGAUAACUUAAUGAUAUCAUGUCCAAGAGAGAGUUUCGAUGAAAGAAUGCGAUAUUUAGAACUUUUAUUAAACUCUAGAUUAAACAUGGAAGAUUCUGGUUUCUUCAGCCAAGAUCUUUCUGUGAUUGAAGAUACUAAACAAUUGGACAUUCUUCAUUUGAACAUUGAUUCAGUUUCCCAAUCAGAAUGGGAUGAAACUAUGAAAAUUGCUUCUAGCUUAUUUGUUGAAUUAUCUACAUUUCCUAAAUAUUUUCUUCCUGGUGAUGGAUUACUUAUAGAAGAAGAACCAAAAGGAAAUAUUAUUCUUCCAGAUUGGUUAAAAGUUUUAGUAGUUUGUACUUGUUGGUUGGGAAAACAGCCUGCUCUCCAAUUAACAACUAUUGCUACAUUGUUGGAUUUAGUAGCUUUGUUAAAAGCUCAUAAUGAUAUUGAGACACAUCCAAAAAGUGGAGAAGGAGUCACAGCUGUAAUUAUGGUACCAUUGUUGAAACAAUGGCACAUAACUUAUUUGAUGCAAUAUACUAAUGUUUUUCAGGUAUUAGCGCAUUCUCUAUGGCAUCAUCUUGGUGAAUUACCUGCUCAUAAAUAUAGAAUGAAAUGUGUUGAAUUAUUGCACGAAUUGCACCAUGCUUUACAUAAUUCCUGUGAUGCUGUAGAAGAUGUAAUAGGAGUGGCGCUUACAUCAGAAAAUAUAGAAAAAAGAAUAGAAGCAUUUAAUAGAUUCGCUACAUUAUGGCAUCUCGGGCGAGAAAUUGAAACGAAUCCUAGAUUACGAGGCUGUAUGAAAUCUUUUGAUCAGUCAUUGUUAAAAAUACUGGAUAAUCUACAACUUGCAGAUAACUCUUCUUUAAAACUUCAUGCUCAAUCAUGGCUUCUGCACUCUCUAAUGCGAGGUGAUAUUUCACGUAUAGUAGACCCUUUAUUGAUCAUGCUCUUGGAUCCAUCCACUUGUCGUAUGAGUGUACUCCAUGUCAGUAUACAACAUAGCAAUACUGUUCUCACAAAAAAUGAUCCAAUAGAAGAAAAGUCUGAGAUACAAGAUGAUACAGAAGGUGCAGCAAAAAUUUAUGCAAUUAGUUCUGUAGAUGGGAAUGUAAUAUAUCACGUUAGCGAUAAUGUGGAUGAAGAUAAAAAAUGGCGAAAGGGUAAAAAAAAGAAAAAAGCCAUAAAUCCUGUGAUAAAAAGAAUAUUCGCUGUGACGACAUUAGCUGCCGGUGAUAAUUGUAAUCAAUAUGUAACUGAAAAGAAUCAAUUUAUGAAAGAAUUAGAAGUACCUCCUAGUAUAUCUGGCAAUAGAAAAAUUUCUGUUUUUGUGAAUCCUUUAUCACUUAAUUGCAACGAAAAUUCUAAUGAUUCUUUAAUGGAAGAUGAUUUGUUGCCUACUGUAAAGAAAAUAAACUUAACAACAGAAUUAUUAAAAAAUGCAACAAGAUUUAAGAAAAUGGAUUUUGACAAAGGUUCGACUGCUAGUCUGGAUGAAAGUCUUUAUGAAUCAGCGAAUUCCAGCUUAAAAACAAAAGAAAAAAAUGGAUUUAAAAAAUUAAAUGGAGAAGUUGGCUCAUCUUUGGAUUCUAUUACUAAUAGUUUUGACUCCAGCAGUCCUGAAAUUACCAAUAAACAAGGAAAACAGAAAAAAGAAUCCAUUAUAAUGCCAGGUAGCUCUAGAGAAGUAGCAGGAACUAUCAUUAAGGGUAAAUAUCAUAGCACAAACGAAUUUGCAACGAAUUAUGAUGUUCAUGAUGUUGGAAGUUUCGAAGCGAGCGUUGAAGUACCUAGCUGGACAAUGGAUGAUGAAGAAGCAGACCUUGAUGUUAGUACAACUGCAGAAGAAUAUUUCAGUAACUCUAGUGGGAAUAGCAUAGUCGAAGAAAUCUUAAAUGAAGUACUUGAUAAAGUAAUGCAAAUAUGUGAUGCAGUAGAAUCACCUAAAAUUAUUGAUGAAGCUAUAUAUCAAAAUUCAAAAACGGGUCGUAAUUUCGGAAUCGGUGUACACAAUCUCCAUUCGCAUAUGCUGCUUUAUUGUGGGGUUUAUGAUUCAACUAAAACACUUUAUGCAUUGCGUACACUUCGCAACGAAUUAUUAACUAACACAAGAAUGUUUCUUUGUUGUGCUGCAACAACUAGUGUAACUAAUACUACAAAAAAUACAACAUUAUUAAAUUUAUUAGCAAGACACCGAAAAAGUGUAUUUGGAAGAAACUUUCAUGGAGAGAUAGCAAAUACAGAAUUUAUAGCGGCUUAUAGAAGUAGCAUGUAUUUAGAAGUUUUAAUUAGUGUGUGCCUUUAUUUUGCUAGGAGUUACUAUCCUAAUUUAGGACAAAUGAGACUUACGCACGAAGAAAUUUCAGGAAAUCGACAGGUACAACUUGCAAGCGCAGAAUUGUUAACACUUAUAUUUUCUGAAUUAAUUCCAAUCGUUCGUGAUUCAGGAAAAGGUUUCAGUUGUUAUAUAAUCGAUCUACUUACUAAAUGUAAAGUACAAAAAGUUGCAUUACAUUGUCUUGUAUCUAGUGUAAUGAAUAUGAAAAACGCUCAUAAGGAAAAUGAAGAAGUAUUUACAUUUACCGAAGAAAUUAUUUUUAAUGAUCCAAUUACAGAUAAUGAUGUAAAUAAAUGCAAAUACAGAGCGAGCGAUCAUACAGAAGCUUUUCAAAUUCAACUAUUAAGAUUACUAUUAGCUUUAAUCAUGUUAGAACAUCAAUGUGGUAAUCAAAAAGGUGAAGAAAUAUGUCCUUCAAAUACAACAAUACCAAAUACUCCAACUGAAAAUAUUCCUAAUAUUAUGGGAAAUAGCUUAAAAUAUAUACCUGGUGCAUCAAUUCCACAACAACCAAUGUUUCUUGCUAGCAUAUUAAGCGCUUUACAAUUGGAUCACAUGAGACAUUUACACCAACAUUGGACAACUCUCGUUACAUCGAGUCUUCCGUUUAUGGGAUCUUCGUUAACAUCUAUAGUUACAUCAGUCAUUCAUCAAUUGUGUUGCAACAUCGAACAUUUAGCAUCGUAUUAUAUCAACGAAGAAACAACAACAGCGAUAAAGUUACAAGAUAUAAGUAAUGUUGAAUGUUGUCUUCCUGCAGAUUAUACAGUUACGCACCUAGAAGCUUUAACAUUCUUACUUCACUAUUGUCUAUUGGAUACAUCACAACAAAUCGGCUUUUCAUUUAAUCAACCUCUAAGUGGUACGAUUCAGACUGGAAUUCCUGGUGCAAAUCCUGGUCAAAUAUUCAAUAAUCUUAUUCACGUAUUUAUGCCGAGUCCUCUUUCUCCAGAUCUUACUACAACGAAGGAUAAAAAUGGGAUCAGUGAAUUACAACAAUAUGCUCGAAGAACUGCUUUAAGUCAUUUACCAAGAAUAAUUGCAUCUCUUUCCACUCUUUGGCAAGCAGUGUUAGCAACGAAGGACAAUGAUCAAGCUAGCUGUGUAGUAGGUAGUCCACGAAUAGUCAAGCAUCAACUUCUAGAACUUUUGUCUCCUAUAUCUUUUCAUCAUGGUGUAAACUUUUUGGCCGCCAUUGCUGUCGCUUGGCAUGAAAGACGACAACAUUCUGCUAAUUCGAAAAAGGUGCUUCCAGAAGCUUGUCCAAAUCAACAAGUCAUGGUUCAUUUAGUAAGCGCGAUUCGUGUAAUGCCUAUCGAUACUUUAGUUCAAACUGUUCAUCAAGUCGUAAGAAAUCCACCACCGAUUCACGGUGUAAAACAAGAUUUUUCAUUAGAAGUUUCUGUAUUGGAAUUACUUUACAUUUAUAUGCAAAGUAAUACAUCUCAGUCUCUUAUUGAAUCAUGGGCAUCUUUACUUGGUUUACUUAAAGAUGGUCUAUCUUUGACCGCACCUGCUCAAUUUCUUUUAUUAGCUAUCUUAAAUGAAUAUGUACAGAAAUGUCCACCUAUGCAAGAAAAAAAGGAUAUUAGAGAUCUACAAGAUGUUUCAGCAAAAUUGGUUGAAUCAUGUUCACAAAUAGCUGGAGCAUGUUUAGAACAAACAACUUGGUUAAGAAGAAACUUAGCGGUAAGAGAAGAUGCAUUUGAAGUUGCUGAAGGAUCCUCGGAAGGUAAAGAAGGCAAAAGUGGUGCUGUAACACCCGGUACACCGCCUAAUGCAGCGUAUAGUAUCCAAGCUCAAGCAGUAUUAGCAGAGAUAGUAGCACCUUUAUUCGAUGUUAGUUAUGGUUCCCAAGAAAAAGAACGUGUAGUGACCUUGUUAACCAAUCUCAUGUAUAAUGUUACACCAUAUCUCAAGAAUCAUUCGACAAAGAAUAUUGCCUCGUUCACGGCUUGUUCACAAUUACUGAGUUCCUUAUCAGGUUAUCAAUAUACAAGAAAAGCAUGGCGCAAAGAUGUGCUGGAUCUUUUGUUAGAUUCUGCCUUUUUCCAAAUGACACCAGCAUGUUUGCCAUACUGGAGGACUAUUAUAGAUAAUUUAAUGACACAUGACAAUACAACGUUUCGAGAUUUAAUGAAUCGCGUUUCUAUGGCUCAAAGUAGUAGUAUCAGUAUAUUCUCUUCAAAAGAACAAGAGUAUGAGCAAAAAGCACAACUAUUAAAAAGAUUAGCAUAUGUGAUACUUUGCAGUGAAAUGGAUCAAUAUCAUAAAUAUAUGCCUGAAAUUCAAGAACGAUUAGCGGACAGUUUACGACUACCACAAGUGAUUCCAUCUAUUCAAGCACAAGUCUUUCUUUGUUUUCGGGUGUUACUCCUUAGAAUGUCUCCACAGCACGCAACUUCCUUAUGGCCAGUAAUAGUUAGCGAACUUGUUCAAGUCUUCUUAUACAUCGAACAAGAAUUGAAUGCAGAUAGUGAAGAAUUUAGUCGUCAUAGCAGUUCGCAUAUAAAACUACUCUCAGCUUUGGAUUCAUCUUGGGCAGUAAAUGCUAGCAAUGGACUUCAAGCACAUGGUCAUCCUCACUGGUUGCAAUUACAACUUGCAGCUGCUAAAUUAUUAGAUCUAGCAUUGCUUUUGCCUGCACAUAGACUUCCUCAAUUUCAAAUGUAUCGGUCAUUUGUAGGCGAUUCAGCGGCAGGAUCUGUAGAAAACAAUAAUCUAUCUUCUGAUUUUGUACCACAUAUUACGAGAAUAGCAAAAUUGAUGGAUAGCAAGUACAAACAAGAAACAAGCUCUAAAAAGACUAUACCUGGUGAACUUCUUUUAACGUCAAAUAAUAUUCGUUCAUUGCAAGAUCUGCAUUAUUUUUUUACGACACUAAGCCGCAGAUCGAACGAUACACAAACACCGUUGAAUAUUACACAAGUGGAAACAGUGAUCGAACAAGAUUUUCUUGAAAAAAUGCCAGCUGCAAGAUAGUAGGAAUAUAUAAACAACAUAAUGGAACGAUUUUUUAAAAAAGAAGAAUGAAAGAGGCAUCUAAACAUCUUUAUUCUUUGAUAUUUUUUUAAUUCAUUAGUGAAUAUUAAUCUACAUAUGAUAAACUGAUAAAAUAAUUCUAUUAAAAGAAGUGAUCCACUUCCAGAAAUUCAACUAUAUUCACUUGUAUAUCAUAAAUGAAAUAACAUAGAAUAUGUAUUAUAUAGAAAUAUUCAGAUGAAUAUUUGAUUUUUAUUAGUUAAGCUUCUAACUUGUCUCCUCAUUCGGUUGUGAAUAGUUAUCAAAAGAUACUACAUGCCAGGCUGGUGCCUAGCUAAAUAUUAAUGUAGGAAAAUAUGUACAGUGUAACAUAACAUUUUAUUGAAACGUUAUUUUUUCAACUAUUUCGAAAAAA